GCCGACUGGGUGUCAGUGAAUAUAACAAUGUGGAUUUUGAUUCUUCUGAUUAGUUUCCUAACCGAUGCUGCCUGACCUGCUGACUUCCCUCCAGCAUUUUCUGUGUGUUGGUUUGGAUUUCCAGCAUCUGCAGAUUUUUUUGUGCUUACAAUGAAAUCAAGGUUGAAGAAUUAACACAGUUCAGUUAAAAUUCAAGAUCACUCCGAGAAGUGGAGACUCUCUGCGGAGCUCCAAUGACAUUUCUCUCCGAGGACAGAAAGGUCCUGGGUGUGUCUCUGUGAAUAAAAUGCUGUGGCCAUUGAUUCUCCUGAUUGGUUUCCUACCUGUUUCAGGUGCAUUGUGGGCAGAGGAAUCAGUAAGAGGAGUUGUGGGAAGAGCGAUCACAAUCGAUUGUCACUAUGAAGAAAAGUACCGCUCCCACACAAAGUAUUGGUGCCAUGGAUGGACUUUCCAAUGUUCAGUUUUAGUGGAAACAAAUGGGCAACACGGACGGAGUCGACGAGUGUCAAUCACAGAUAACCCGGAACGGGGAAUAUUUACUGUUACUAUGGAGGAUCUUCACUCUGGAGAUACAGGAUGGUACAGCUGUGGAAUUAUAACACCAGUUUCUGAUCCGAUGUUUAGUGUACAUCUACAAGUAUCUGAUGAACCUGUGUCAGUUCCUGUGCUUCGAUACCUGUCACCAGCAAAUGUCUCACGUCUCGGGGGCUCUGUGUCAGUUUCCUGUGAGUCCUUCCAGGGAUCCCUUCCCAUUCACUACACGUGGCAUGAAAAAACCUCAUCUGGGUAUCGAUCUAUCUCAGACAGCAAAGAACUGACUCUACAUUGUCAAUCCUUUAACCACCAACACCAUCAAUAUUACUGCAGUGCCUCGAAUCAGCUUGGAAGAAAAUCCAGUGGAAUGGUUAACGUGACAGUGUUCAACAUCAGAGAGAUCUGCAGUUAUGUGACCGAAAUCAAUGGCACCAUUUCAGGUGCUUUAUGGGCAGAAGAUAAAGUAAGAGGUGUUGUGGGAAGAACAGUCACAAUCAAUUGUCACUAUGCACCAAUGUACCGUUCACACACAAAGUACUUCUGCCACAUGUGGAGUCGCCAAUGCACAUCAUUAGUGACUACAAAUGGGACAAAUGAGCAGUAUGGAAGUACGACAAUCCGAGAUAACACAUUCCAGGGAAUAUUUACUGUUACUAUGGAGCAUCUUUUCUCUAAUGAUAAAGGAAUUUACAGAUGUGGAAUUACAACAUCUGGCAAUCAUCCAGUGUUUGACGUGCAUCUACAAGUAUCUGACGAACCUGUGUCUGUUCCUGUGGUUCGAUAUCUGUCACCAGCAAAUGUCUCACGUCUCGGGGGCUCAGUGUCAGUUUCCUGUGAGUCCUUCCAGGGAUCCCUUCCCAUUCAGUACAGAUGGUAUGAACAAACCUCAUCUGGGCAUCCAAAGAUCUCAGAUACCAAUGAACUGACUCUACGUUGUCAAUCCUUCAACCACACACACCAUCAAUAUUACUGCAGAGCCUUGAAUCGGCUUGGAGCAAGAUCCAGUGCAAUGGUUAAUGUGACCGUCUUCAACAACGGAGGGAUCUGCAGUUAUGUGACAGAAAUCAGUGGCACCAAGCCCCCGUCUGUUCCUUUGCUUCAAUUUUCACCACCAACAAGUGGCCCAAGUUGUGUGGACUCUGUGUCAGUGUCCUGCGAGUCUGUCCAUGGAUCCCUUCCCAUUCAGUACUCCUGGUAUGAAAAGACGCCAUCUGGUGAUUCAAAGAUCUCUGACACCAACAAACUAGAUCUACAUUGUCAAUCCUUAAAAUACAAAAAAUACCUGUAUUAUUGCAAAGCCUCAAAUAAUCAUGGAGAAAAGUCCAGUGAAAUGGUCAAUGUGUCCAUCUCCAACAAUGUCAGCACCUGCAGAAAUGUGAUUGAAGUCAACAGCACGGGGCCAAUCCAUUUCUGUGAAAAUACUAUGGCAGAAUCUACAACUACACAAGGACCCACUUACAUAAUUGAGCUUACUGUCAUCGGGAUUCUUCUAAUACUGAUUGUCGUUUGUCUACUUUGUUACCUGAAGAGAAAAAACAGGGAAUCCAAGCACCACACAUCUCAUAGAGGAGGAACCAAUGAAACCCAGGAAAUGGCCACGUUGGAAGAAAACAUUGUUUAUGCAGAUCUACACCAUGUUCGAAACAAUGAGGCAGCUGCCCAGUUGGCUAACAAUGAAAAUGGAACUGUGUAUGUAAACAUGAAAUUUAAAAGGAAGUCAAGAGCAGGACACUCUGUUAUGGAUGAGGACAACCCCACCUAUGCAGAUAUCAAAUUUCAAAGCCAAAGCACAAGGCCCAAAUAGAAAGAUUUCUUUCCUGGUACUCCACAGGACUCAGAAUAAGAUUGAUAAAGUCAUUAUGUGGAUCAAUUUAAGGCAGAAGAGUUACACACAGAGGCCACUUUAUUAAGCGCACCUGGACACCUAUUUUUAAUGCAAAUAUCUAAUCAGCCAAUCAUGUGGCAGCAACUUGAUGCAUAAAAGCAUGCAUAUUGUGUAUUGAAAGGUAUUCUUUUUCACACCAUUGUUGUAACGCAUCUUUACUUGAGUUACUGUCACCUUGAACCAGUCUGGCAAUUGUCCUUGAUUGGACCACAGUUUAAGAAUCCUUUGGGUUCUUCUAGGAGUCAGGAAUGUUGAACAGUCUUAAUUCUAAUGGUCAUUUAUUUUAAAGUACAAACAAAACAUACAAAUACUAAUACAAACACACACAAAAUGCUGGAGGAACCCAGCAGAUUAAACAAACUAAACAAGGUGCUGAGAAAUUACGCAAAGAGGUAAAUGAACAGCAUAAAAUGUGAAGUCAAAAUGAUGGUGCCUCUGAAAAAUCCAUGACUUUUAUAAGCAAGAUAAGGAAAAUUCCUUUGCUAGAAAUAAACUAGUUAAUAGGCCACAAAAUUAAAACAAUUACCUCAUGUGCAUAAUAUGCUAAUACUUCACCAGUGAGUGUGGAUAAACCACCACAUACUGUGAAAAAUGAGUAUGCUUAAAAAGUACAUAUCUUAUAAGAAGUAUGGUUUAAAAAAGCAGUAGUUUCCAACAAGCUGAUGCCCCUCCACCCUGAGGAUGGCCCAAUCUGAUUUCAUAACACUUCAGAUUGAUGCGACAGAAAAAUGGUGAUGUUAAAUUGUACUUAAUGAAGUCUUCAGGAUAAAAUCAAAGCAGCCAUUAUGUUGUCAUAUCCUGUAUUAACAGUGUUAAAGGCAUAUACCUACCUUUGUAUAGUAUACUCUUAUCUGUAAUAAAUGAUAUAUAGAAACACAGAAAAUAGAUGCAAGAGUAGGCUAUUCGGCCCUUCGAGCCUGCACCACCAUUCAGUAUGAUCAUGGCUGAUCAUCCAACUCAGAACCCUGUACCUGCUUUCUCUCCA